GUAUAAAACAGAACUACGUUUUUUAUGGUGGAAGCGAGCAAUGCCAACUGAACUGCAGUAGGUGGCGGUAUGCACUCCAAGCUGUUUACGCUAUCGAAAGAAAGAAGAAGAAGAAGAAACAACUGCAAGGAAAGAGAAGUAAAGAACGUAUUAAAUCAAGGUUUCAGCUGAUACAGUUCGGAAAGACAGGACAUCAUGACCCGACAUGGCAAGAACUGUACAGCUGGAGCUGUCUACACGUACCAUGAGAAGAGGAAGGACACAGCGGCGUCCGGUUAUGGAACACAGAGCGUCCGCCUGGGGAAAGAUGCUAUCAAAGACUUUGACUGCUGUUGCCUGUCCUUGCAGCCCUGCCAGGAUCCUGUGGUGACCCCAGAUGGAUACUUGUAUGAAAAACAGGCCAUUCUUGAAUACAUUCUUCACCAGAAGACUGAAAUAGCCAAAAAGAUGAAGGCUUAUGAGAAGCAGAAGCAAGCACUAAAGAGCAACAACCAGCUGGAGUCCAAAUCUGAGGAACGGCAAAAGGUGGAGAGGUUUAAAACCAGUGAGAACAGCAUCGUGUCCAAACCCAUUAACCCUUUUAUAUCUGGACAGAAGAAAGAUGGUGAGGUUAGCAGCUCAGGAGAACCAGUUUCUGCUGGUCCAGCCAGUACCUCCAGCCAGAGCCUGCCGAGUUUCUGGAUUCCUUCUCUGACACCAGAGGCCAAGCCCGCUCUCCUUAAAAAGCCAAGUAAAGCUGUGUUGUGUCCCAUGUCGGGACGACCCAUAAAGAUGAAUGAUCUAAUCCAUGUGCACUUUACCCCACUGGACCCCAGCCUGGACAGAGUGGCCUUGCUCAACCGCCAGGAAAGGUAUGUGUGUGCAGUGACCAGAGACGCCCUGGGUAACAGCAUUCCCUGCGCUGUUCUCAGACCCACAGGGACUGUGGUGACUCAGGAGUGUGUGGAGAAGCUGAUCAAAAAGGACAUGAUUGAUCCCGUGUCUGGAGACAAAUUAACAGACAAAGACAUCAUCCCACUGCAGAGGGGUGGAACCGGUUUUGCAGGCUCUGGAGUUGACCUCAGGGCCAAGGAGGCACGUCCAGUGAUGCAGGCAUGAGAGUGUGGAGGAUGUGGAUCUGCCCACAGUGCUCACAAUGAUGUAAAGUCCAUCUUAUCUGUAGCCCGGUGGAAUAUUUUUGUAGCUUGUUGCGACUUGUGAAUGACUUUAAUCCCUUGUUUCUCUAAGCAGCCGCCAUGUGACGAACACUUCUUAUGUAUUGUAUUUGUUUUAUUUUUGUCUUCUGAAUGGAUCGUGUGGCCUGUCUAAAUAAGGCAAUAAAUGAAACGGCAAAUAAAAGGAUUUUUUCAAGCCAAGCA